AUGGGUAAGGUUUCUAAAGCUACUAAGAAGUUUCAAUCCAAGCAUUUGAAGCAUACUCUGGACCAAAGAAAGAAGGAAAAGGUUCACAACGACAAAAUUAAAGGCCGUCGUGGUAACAAGAGUGAAGAAGAAAAGAGAAAGCUUGCGUUAACUAAGGAGGAACAGAAGUUAAAGAAGGCCUCAAAGGAGGAAGUGUUCAAGGAUUUAUCUGUGGAAGAGUUUUUUGGUAAAGGUAUUGACGUUCCAAAGAGUAAAAAAUCCAAAAAAUCCAAGAAAGAUGCUGACAGUGAAAGUGAUGUAGAUUCCUCUUCUGAAGAGGAAGACAUGGCUACCAGUAUGGCUGCAUUAUCCGAAAAUGACCCUGAGUUUUACAAAUAUUUGAAGGAAAAUGACAAAGAUUUAUUGGAUUUCGCACCAAGUAAUCCUUUAGAUGGUGUUAAUGAUGAUGAUGAACCUGAAGAUGAUAACGAAGACAAGAUGGAAGCUGCUGAAGAUGACAAGAUCGAAAUUACUUUAAAAUUGGUUAAGGGCUGGAAAAAGGAACUUCAUGCAUCUCCAAACUUGAAGUUGAUAAGAAAUAUUGUAAGUGCCUUCAAAGUCGCUGUCAAUUUAAAUAGAGAAGGCAACAUCGAAGAAUACAAAUACACAGUCACAGAUGAAAGGGCUUUCCAUGACCUAAUGCUAGUUAGUCUAAAGGACUUACCCCAAGCUGUGCAAAAAAUUGCCCCAUACAAAAACACUAAAGGUUCCAGAACAUUGCCUUCUAAUAAUAACGUUUCUAAACUUUCCGCCAUUAUCAAAUCACAUGCUGCAUCCCUAUUAGUAUUAUUAAAUGAUAUCACAAAUACCGAAACGGGUGCUCUGGUUUUACAUUCUGUCGAUCAGUUAUUACCUUACAUUAUUUCUUACAGAAGAAUUUUAAAGGAAAUUGUCAAAGCUAUUGUUAAUGUUUGGGCUACCACUAGAGAAGUGGAAACUCAAAUUGCAACCUUUGCAUUCUUACACAAUGCCUGUAAAGAAUUUAAAAAGUCAUUAUUGGAAGUGGUUUUAAAGACUACUUACUCCACAUUCAUUAAAAGUUGUCGUAAAACAAAUAUUCGUUCUAUGCCUUUAAUCAACUUCCAGAAGAAUUCCGCAGCUGAAUUGUUCGGUAUCGAUGAGAACUUAGGCUACCAAGUUGGCUUCGAAUACAUUAGACAAUUAGCUAUACAUUUAAGAAAUACCAUGAACGCUACCACCAAAAAUAAUGGUAAAACUAACCCACAAGAGGCUUACAAGAUCAUUUAUAACUGGCAAUUCUGCCAUUCCUUGGAUUUCUGGUCUCGUGUUUUAUCUUUCUCCUGUAACCCAGAGAAGGAACAAGGUCAUGAAUCUCCAUUAAGAGAACUGAUCUACCCAUUAGUUCAGGUCACUAUUGGUGCAGCAAGAUUGAUUCCAACUCCACAAUUUUUCCCAUUAAGAUUCUACUUAGUCAGAUCAUUGAUUAGGCUAUCUCAAAACACCGGUGUUUUCAUUCCUAUCUACCCUAUCUUAUCUGAAAUCCUAUCCUCCACAGCCUUCACUAAGGUUCCAAAAAAAAAGGAGAAUUUAGAAGCUUUUGACUUUGACCAUAAUAUUAAGUGCUCACAAAAUUACUUAGGUACAAAAGUUUACCAAGAAGGAGUAGCUGAACAAUUCCUCGAUUUAUUAGGGGAAUACUUUGCCUUGUAUUGUAAAAGUGUUGCAUUCCCUGAAUUAACAACUCCUGUAAUAAUUGCUUUACGUCGUUAUAUCAAAAACUCACAAAACGUUCGUUUUAACAAACAGUUAUCUAUUGUCGUAGAGAAGCUAACGCAAAACAGCCAAUAUAUUCAAAACAAAAGAAUUGAUGUUGAUUUCAGUCCAAACGAUAAAUCCGAAGUAAAUAAAUUUUUAAAUGACGUUAACUGGGAAAGCACACCUUUAGGUAUCUAUGUUGCUGCUCAACGUGAAGUAAGAGAAGAAAAAGCUAGAUUGGUGAGAGAAAGUUUGGAGGAAGAAGAUAAAGAAAAAGAAAAAUUGAGAAAUAUGGGGGAAGAAGACCUUGAAAUGUCGGAUUGA